AUGUAUUUGAAAAAAUUACAACAAUAUUUAUUUGUAAUCAGCAACCUUAAAGGCAACUGGGAAGCUCUCUGUGAUGAACUGAUUGAGGUUCAGCAUAAACUUGAGGUCAACCUCAGCCACUGGUCAGCAUAUUAUGAAAACUUUGAAGACAUGCAAAGAUGGCUGCUGAAUAUGGAAGUGAAACUGAAGGAGGACACUGAACUGCAGACUACACUUCAUGAAAAAAAAUCUAAAUUACAGAGUCACCAGAUUCUCCACAGGGACAUUUUGUCUAGAGACCACAUCAUUGACAAGUUAACAGAGAAAGCCCAUACCCUUACUCAGUCAGCUCCAUCAGCCAAGGUGAAGAACUUUGUUGAGAAAUUGAGGCACAAGUAUGCUAUGAUCUGUGAAACCUCUAAGGAUGUUCUUGUAAAGCUAGAACAUUCUGUGCAUGACCACCAGCAGUAUGAAAUUUCAGCACAGUCUUUCAGUAACUGGUUGAAUUCGGCCAGGGAAAGGCUUGAGGCCUGCACAGAUCAGUCAGGUGACAAACUCUCCUUGAAGAGCAAGAUGGACAUACUUAAGGAUUUAUCUUCCACCAUCAAAGACGGAGAAAACAAGCUAAACCAUGUCAAGAACCUUCUUACUGUAACUACAAAAAACUCUUCUCGUCCAGGACAAGAUAUUAUGCAGAGACAACUAGAUCAUCUGCAGGGAGAGUGGGAUGAUUACCUUGCUCACAUGAAGUCCACCGAGCUUUAUUUGAAUAAGACUGUAACUUUGUGGGACACUUUUGAUACUCAGCUUGAACAUUUGAAGGAAUGGCUCAAGAACAUGGAGCAAAAGGUUAAGGGUCACGAAUUGAAAAAUACAUUCAAAGAGAAGCAGUCCCAGUUGGAGAAAUUCAAGAAACUGCAUGAUGAGAUACUAAGCUAUCAGCCUCAGGUAGAGAAGUUAACUGAUGAUGCUCACAUCUUAAUGCAGGCAAGCUCAGAUGUCCGACUCAGCAGUCAGGUAUCUCAGUUCACCAACAGAUACCAGGGACUACUGUCUUUAAUCAAG